AUGACUAUCUUUUUCGUGAUAGUACUAUAUGACAUUGCGGCCGUCUACUCAUACCAAACUGAGAUUACUAGACCACUCAUUGACUUGGGCAAUCUAGACCUACCAACGAUCCUACGCAUCCGCAAUUCCUGGCUUCAUCACUUUCUGUACUCCUUCUGCCAAGCUAUCUGCAGACCAAAGUCUCGAGACAAGCAUAUAUCAACGAAAAUGUGGAGAUUAACACCAACUGCAUGCAUCCAUCCCUACCCUAGGACACUUAUCGAGCUCGAAAACCGGCAAACAUGCGCUGAUCUGAACACACAUUGGAUACAGGGGUUGCUGAGCCAUUGGUAUCAAGUAAUCCCAAUGGUCGGCACAGAACCUCAUCGCUUAUAUUUCCGAGGAGUUGGGAGACUUUCUGAUGAAGUAUAUCCAGUGCGCGGCUUCACAGAGCCCAUUCGAGCACCCCAGGCGGACCGCGAGCAGCUCCCGUUGCUCCUCGAUGCUGGCGAAUCGGAGCUGGCCAACGACGACACUGCACGGUUUCUAAAUGAGUUGUGGCUACCAAUUGAGUUGGAGACGGAUUUUUUGAGAUUCAAGGUUACGAAGACGUGA